AUGGCGGCGCCGCUAUCGCCAACGCCGAGUGCCGUCCUCAAUUUCUCUACACCGCCCUCAGUGACCUCUCGCUACGACGUCUACGCCCGCUCCCACACCACGACGCAUGCCCUCCCCGACAACGCCGAAAACGACGAAGGCGACAGCUCUCCCUUCAUGUCGCAAGUCAGAGAUGACAUCCCCUCGCCGCGGGGCCCCUCGCCCCCCAAGGCCCUCCGUCCGGCCUCUCGUGUUAUCUCGGGCAGCGAGCUGUCGCCCCUGAAGAUACUCCAACAACAGCCCCAGCCGCUGCACCAGUCACAACAACAACAACAAUCACCACCGCCGCCAGAGCCACAACAACAGCCGCAAACACGUCAAUCAAUACCAGAUACCGAGGACGGCGACAUGUUGUCGCCCGCAAAGUCCAUGCCACCCCCGCCGCUGCCGUUGCUGAGCCCCCGCAAAAUGUCGGCCCCGAUCAAGCGGUUCCCUGUCAAGGUCAGCCCGCCGCCGGUGGUCCACGAGACCCCACCCCCCGGGGACGAGCGUAAGAUAAGCCUCCACGAAGCCUUGCGCGAGAACAACGGGCUGAAGCGCGCUAUCGAGAUAUUUGAAGACGAAUCUAGCCUGCUCGACACAGAACCUGUCGGUGCCAAUGAAGCCGACCCGGCAGCCAAUGCCUACGCCGACGAUACCAUCUUGACGGGUGGGCGUGGGGAGCAGCAAUUUGACAGCCAGCACCAUGACGAUUCCGCCUAUGACGACGAGCCUGGCGGCAUUGACGACACAAUGAUGAGCACUUUUAGCACCUUCUCGGCCGUUCCCAAUAUGACCAUGCUGACCCAGAUGCGCAACAUGAGCCCGGCCAAACUCGCCAUGCUCGCCGCCACAAACACACCGCGCGCCGCAAUAGGCGAGACCCCCGUGUCGUCGGUGAGGACUCCACGCACCAGCGGACCCUUGCCAGACCGGUCUGCCGGAGCGCCACCGCCGCCAUACGAAGCCGGCAACACGACGAACCUGAUGGACUUUACCGAGCAGUUUCGCUACGGCGGCUUCCCGCCCCAGAUAUCUCCCUCGCGGCGCGAAGGCCGCUUCCCGUCGUCAAAGACCACACCCCACGUUGCGGCAACACCACAGCGCACAAAUACGAACAGCUUCAACCUCCUCGACUUUGAUAUCCCGCCCAUGCCGACGCCACGCAGCCUGCCCACUAUCACGCCGCGCGAGCUCGAGUCGCUCAAGUCAGGGUUUCUAUCCGAGAUCAGCAGCCUCAAGGCGUCGCUAAGCGGCAAGGAGGCCGAGGUCAACUCUCUCAAGACGGCUGUUGGCGAUGCCGAGAAGCGCGUAGGCGAGUGCCUGGAGCAGCUGCGCGAAGUGCAAGGCCUCCAAGAAUCGCUGACGGCAGACCGGGACAGCUGGGAGAAGCGCGGGCGCGAGAUGGAGACGGUACUGCGCAAGGUCAAGGAAGAGAUUGUGCUGGGCCGGCGCGAGCGUGAGGAGCUCGAAUUUAAGCUCGACGAGGCCGAGAAGCGCCGCGAGGCCGCCGAGAUGAUGGCCCAAGACGCCGAGAGCAAGAUGGCGGGCAUGCGGGCCGGCAAGGCCAGCGCAGAGGCGGCGGCGGCGGCGUCGGACUCGUCAGACAAGAGCUCUAACGCCAACAGAAGCUCGCUGGGAGCUGCCGGCGCCUCUAACAAGGAAGUCGAAAUGGCAGUCGAGCGCGUCGCCCGUGAGCUCCACGCCUUGUACAAGAGCAAGCACGAGACCAAGGUAGCGGCCCUCAAAAAGAGCUACGAGAACCGCUGGGACAAGAAGGUGCGCGAGCUUCAGGCGCAGGUGGACGAGCUGUCGCUCGAAAACGACGAGAUGCGCAUGGGCCGUGACGCCACUCUGACUCGCGUCGACCCAGCCCGCAUCACGGAGCUCGAGGAUGAGCGCAAGGCAGACAAGGCCCGCAGCGCGGCCCAGAUCAGGGAGCGCGAGGCCGAGGUCGACAAGCUCGAGGCCGUCGUCAAGACGAUCCAAGCUGACAACGCCGAGCUCCGCGUCCUGCUUGAGCAGGAGCGCGUCGAGAAGGGCGAGCUCGUCCAGCUCGCCGAGGAGAUGAUGAACAUGCAGCAGAGCUUUGUAGCGCCAACACCACCGCCACCCGCGCCUGCACCGCCGACACCCGCACCCACAGAGAGCAAC